CACACCCCUUUUUGCCGCCCACCCCCCGCCGCGCCUCCGGCUGUCUCAGGGCCGCCGCCUCGACUCCCUCUCUUGCAUUGCGACGCGAGGAAUCCGCUAGUCUACCCACCCGCGACAAAGUCAGAGUCAUGGCGAAUGUUGAGGAUGGGAGCAAUGCCGCUGCUGCUGACACGGGCGACCAGAUCUGGGGCGGACGGCAGAGCUCGGGCAAGCUGACGAGAAAGCGCGUGAUGGCGGGAGGCGCCCUCCUGGGCGCCGCGGCGCUCGCGGUCGGGCUGUACGUGGGUCUCAAGGACGAUUCCAGCACCGACCGAACGCUCAUCACGGGUCAGUCCGACCCCAACUCCCUGGGGUGCUUCGCGGACACUAGCGAUGGAAGAGUUAUGGAGGCACAGCUCACUGACCAAGCCAUGACCCCCGAUAUGUGCAACGCGUACUGCGAAGAUCUGGGGUACUACUACUACGCCGUUCAGUGGAGCAUCGAGUGCUGGUGUGCUCCUGAGACCACAACCGCUGACGAACUCGCGGUCCACGGCCUCGGGACUUGCGACUUCGCUUGCGGGGGUGACAGCGACCAGAUCUGCGGAGGGUUCUGGGCCUUUACUGUCUACGAAGUCGGAACGGAGUCCACGACCCCUACCCCGUCGGCGACGACGUCGUGCGACUCUGCCGCAACUGUCCGCUUUACCGACGACAUCGCUUACUUCGAGGGCGGCGGGUGCGGCACCCUGACCCAAAUGUACGAAGCCCAGGAGGGUGACGGGCCCCUGUACGUCCUCGACGAGAACAACGACGUAGUCGGCGGAACCCCCACCGGGUACUGGCUGCUCGACCGCAACCUUAGGGUGGUGGACGGAUCGACCCUCCUUGUGCACGGCACCGCCGCGAGCGGCGAUGCGGACGUCCUUCGGCUCCUCUCGACUUCCGAUGACUUCAUCGAGGUCCGUGGGUACGGAGGCAACCUGCACUUCCAGUCGACGACGGUGACGUCAUGGGACACUGACAACGGCCAGGAGAGGGAGUGGGACGGCGACGGGCGGUCCUUCAUCAACUGCGUGACCCAGUUCGACGACAGCGCCAUCUGGGACUGUGACGGGCGUUCCAACCAGGAGUGGGGAGAGUGCAGGAUGGAUAUCAUCAGCUCCACGAUGGGUAACAUGGGAUGGUUCGACGCCGAGUCGUACGGCCUCACGUGGAAGGUCCGCGGCGCUUGCGAGAUCGACCCCGACACCGGGGUGCCCUACAACCACGAGAUCUUCGAGGACCACAACGUGUACGGCGACAUCCUCAACUCGGAGAUCUACGGCAUGUACUACGGGCACUACUCGUACGGCCACCAGGGAGGCGUCUGGGACAGCAACAUCAUGAGGGACAACAUCCAGUACGGAUUCGACCCCCACGACGACUCGGACGACCUGACCAUUUCCAACAACAUCGUCUAUGGCAACGGCAACCACGGUAUCAUCGCCUCCAAGCGCUGCAACAACGUCAAGAUUUUCAACAACGAGGUCUACGAUGGCGGAGAAGACGCUGUGGGUAUCUUCCUUCACCGCAGCUCCGACGGCGCUGAAGUUCACGACAACGUUGUCUACAACAUGCAGGACGCAGGUAUGGCGAUGAUGGAGUCCUACGACGCCAAUAUCUACGAUAACUCGUUCACCAACUGCCGUUACGGCAUCCGGCUGUCUCUCGGCAGCGGGCGCAACAUCAUCACGAACAACUUGUUUUCCGGCAUCACGCAAUACGGCCUCUACACGUACAUGGGCAGCGACGACCCGGACGUCCCCAACAGCAACGGCCGCCCUUCCGACAACGUCUUCGACGGGAACACCAUCGAGACGGACGGCGACAACAUCGGUGUCCACAUCAAGGAGGGCGACUCGAACGUUUUCAUCGACAACGUGUUCACGGGCGUGAGCACCUACGAGUUCGAAGACUCGUCGGACACCACCUGGGUUGACAACACGGGCGGUGGGUGCCUCGACGGAAGCACCGACUUCGCCGAGGGGGGUAUUACCGAGUGUUGAGUAAGUAACGCACAAGAGGGAUACUUUGUGGAUCUAGAGACACGGUACGCGGGGUUUGCGCUUCGAAGGGACCCCCACGUUUGCGUCUCUGUUGAUUGUGGCGGCUCGUUUUUUUUCCCAUGGGAUUGUCAAGAAAAGCCCGGGAAAAAUAAACGAGAGCCGAUGUUAUGGCGCGUGGCUGCGCGGGCGGGACUUCCGUGUGCUUUUGUGUCGUGUUGAUGUGCGCGCUGAGUGUUUGCACUCGGCUUGUAGAGUGUCUUUUCGAGACCCCGGUUCUCGUGUUCGGCAGUCGUCGGUCUUUCGUGUAGAGCGUUCGAUCGGGCUAAGAAAACAAACAAAAACGUUUGGUAGGAGGACGAUCUUGUACCGCCCUUCCUAGAUUGCGAAAGAAGAUUGCGAAAGAUGGACAUAUGGUUGUCCCGUGCAUGCCGGUGUAUUUUUCUUGAUUCGUUGGGUGUCUCGGUUGGUUGUUACAGUGCAUUUUCCUACCAUUUAUAUACCUUUGCGUAUUUUCGGUUUUUGGUUUUUGUGCUUUUUGUUAUAUUUUGGAUGGUACGCUCCGCAGAAUGAAGCGGUCAACCACGAGCUACGCCCGCCUCUUUUUGUUUUGUUUUUGGAGGAUGACUCGACCCCACCUCCAAAAUUCAAGUGAAGAGUGUUCCGUGUGCUUUGGUAGGCUUGAAUCGGUUGGAACUUUUUUCUGGCCUUGGCUCUCUGCAGUAGAAGCGUCCUCCCCCCCUGCAUUUCCCCCCCUUCCAUCUUAUUGGUUGUGUGCCGUACAUAUGCAUUUGCCGUCGCAUACAGGUAAUACGAGUUCGUAAAAAUACCAAAGUUCGUAAAAAUACUGGCAUGUCUGCACGGGUGCCCUUUGCCGGCGAUUUUUGUCUGUCGUCUUCCCGAGUUUCUUGAGCCGAAGAGAGGAGAACUGUCGCGCCCGAUUUCGAGGAUGUUGAUGAUCUUCGCCGCUAUGAUUGAUUUGACCUGUAGCGCCUGGUUAUCUGGUCGCUGGACAGACGCCGCUGGGUUCGACUGGUUGUUGUAAAAGUAGCCGCAUGUAGUUAAGGGCCUUCUGCCGGUGGAAGCGCCUUGUUUGCGCGAUACACCGCCGUUGGGUUGGGAAUGCCUUUUAAUUGUCUUUUUUGUUUCAGGGGCAUAGUGCGCAAGG